AUGUACUCCUCGUCGAAUACCUUCCUCGGGGGUGGUGCCAGUGGCCGUCCAGGCCAGGCACCAUUCAUGCAGCAGCAGCCCCCAUACUCGCAAUUCCCCCAAGGUCAACAACAGCCACCAAUGCAGCAACCUCAGCCAACGGGCUUAAUGGCUCCCCAGCCGACUGGGUUUGCUGGUCAGCCGUCGCCGUUUGGUGCCUCACACCUUCAACCUCAAGCUACCGGAUUCCCCGCGGGACAACAGCUCCAGCCGCAGUUUACUGGCUUCCCUGGCCAGCAGCCACAGCAACAGCAUUUGCAGCCGCAGCCGACCCAGCAACAGUCCCUGCAGCCCCAAUACACAGCAUUCCCUGUUCAGAAUCAGCAGCAGCCUCAGGCGCAACCGCAACCGCCGCAAUUGCAGGUUCCUCAGGCCACCGGACUCCCUGCGCGAUACAAGACCUCGAGCGAGAUGGCGAACUCCUUCCAGGAUAUCAGUCCUGCUGCCCCGGCUCCACAAGUCCCGCCCAAGGGAUCCAAAAUCCCGAGUAUCCGGCUUUCGUUCAUUACGGCUCAGGACCAAGCCAAGUUUGAGCAGCUCUUCAAGUCUGCGGUCGGCGAUAGCAAGACAAUGGAUGGCGAGAAGGCAAGGGACCUUUUGCUGCGCUCCAAGAUUCCGGGCAGUGAUUUAUCAAAGAUUUGGGUCUUGUGUGAUUCUACCAAGUCAGGCCAGCUGUUCUUCCCGGAAUUCGCAUUGGCGAUGUACUUGUGUAAUCUGCGAUUGACUGGCCGAGAGGUCCCCUCUGUAUUGCCUGAAACUGUGAAGAACGAGGUGUCAAGCAUGGUUGACAUUAUCUCGUUUGGUGUUCCUGAUGCCCAGCCGGUGCCGGCUCCACGAUCCAACGCCCCGAACUUUGAUGCUCCUCUCCUGGAGAACAAAUCUACUCCACCGAUCGUGCAGCAACCCCAACCUCAACAGCCGAGCAAUGCUGCCCUUCUUACACAAUUGACGGCCCAACCCACUGGGUUUUUCCCCCAGCAAACUGGCAUGCAACAACCUCAACAGACUGGUUUCCAGAAUCAGUCGCAGUUUCUUCAGCCGCAGCAGACUGGUUUCAUGACCAACCCUCAGGCUACCGGAUACUCUGGUCCUCGGCCCCCAAUGCCACCUAUGCCCACUGGUUUCGCAUCGAACCUCAGUCCUGCGCAGACUGGUGGCUUGACUGCUCAGCCCACUGGCAUCCCCGGGCAAUGGGGCUUCAUCAACACUCCGGCGCAGGGCCUGCCUAACAUCGAGGCUAUGAAGCAGCAGCUGAUGCCUCAACCUGGUCGUGAAGGUGGCUUCAACAUGUCCAAUCUCUCGGGUAAUGCUACUGUAGCUUGGGCGAUUACCAAGGAGGAAAAGAAGAUUUAUGAUGAACUUUUCCGUGCCUGGGAUGGAAUGCACAAAGGUUUCAUUGGCGGUGAGACGGCUAUUGAGAUCAUGGGCCAAAGUGGAUUGAAUCGCAAGGACCUGGAGCGUAUCUGGACGCUCGCCGAUCCUCAUAACCGUGGUCGUUUGAAUAUGGAUGAAUUCGCCGUCGGAAUGCAUUUGAUCUACCGUGCCCUGAAUGGUUACCCUGUUCCUAACCGACUGCCGCCGGAGCUGGUUCCUCCUUCCACAAGACAUUUGAAUGAUUCAAUUGGUACCAUGAAGUCCCUCUUAUCCCAAGAUGCGGAGACCCGGAGGAACAAUGGGGCUUUUUUGCAGCCACAGAAGACAGGAGUUAGCUACCUCAAGGAUCACUCUUUCCGUGGUGGCAGUGGAGGACAAACUGGCGCCAACCGCAAAGAUGCGACCAUGUUCAAGAACAACGACUCCGCGGGCGGCUACCGGUCAAGCGCGCGUCGUCGUGUUGGAAACGAUGCUCGCACACCCUCGCCUGCUGCUUCUUCUCACACAUCCGAAGGAGAUGAGCUUUCCGUGGACCAAUUGCGGAAAAAGAUUCGCGAGACUAAUAUUAUGUUGGAGGCAGUCGAUUUCCAAGAUGAGAACAAGGCCGAGGACGAUGAUGCUCUCGACCGUCGGGACCGUCGUGAGGCAGAGUCUCUCAUGGAUCGGAUUCGGCGUGUGCAGGACGACAUUGAUACUCACCCCAAUGCGUUAUUCCGUAACGUGGAUACUGGAGCGGAACGCAGAGUCCUCCGUCGCCAGUUGCAAGCAUUCCAAGACCAGGUUCCACAGGCUGCCUCUGAUGUUCGCCGUGUUGAGCGCGAAAUUGCCGAGGCGAAGCUGGAGCUCUUCCGCCUCAAGGAAGCGAAGGCCAACCCUAACGGUGCUUCCAACAUUGUUGGCACUGGUCCCGGUGGUGCUGUUACUGAGGCAGACCGCAUCAAGGCCCGUGCUCGCGCUCGUAUGCAAGCUCGUGCUGCGGAAUUGGCGGGACGCCCUGUUCCCUCAACAGAGGAGGACAAUGGCGAGUCUGCUCGCCGGAUGGAAUCUGAACGGGCUGACGCAAACGCCGAAAGAGAACGCAACGAUACAAUGACGCGUGAUGUUGAAGAAAGUGUCCGCGAUUUUGCUCGAAGCCUGGAGGACAGUCUCCGUGACGAGGGAGACAAUUCUACCCGCUCGCACGAGAGACGUCGCUGGAAAGACGCCCUGGGCGUUGAGAAUAUCAUCCGGGACUUCAUUUACGAUCUCGGCCGUAACAGCCGGACUGCACACGUUCGCAAGGAAGAUCGAGAGAGAUCUGCCCAAGAGCAGCGGUCGAAGUAUUCUUCGCCAGCGGCUGAGUCAACUGCAUCGCGUCCUUCUAUCCCAGCGUCGACCGGAUCGUCGGGAUCUUUCACCGGAAACACGCACGAAGACCGCGUGGCUUCUGCUAGAGAACGGGCUCAGAAGCGCAUUGCUGAGCGUAUGGCAGCUGCUGGUCUAAAGCCAGCUGAUGCUACGGAGACUCUCCAACAACGGCAGGCGAGAGAGAAGAAGGAGCGCGAGGAGCGUGUCAAGCGUGCCGAGGAAGAAGAUGCCCAGCGGGAGCAAGAGAGACAGCGCCGCCUGGCUGAGGAACGUGGUGGCCCGGCUCCGAGCACUGCUGCUGCCCCGAAGGCCGCUAGCAAGAAACCUCCACCUGCACCUCCUACUCGCAGAGCACGAACCGACAGCGCUGGCCAGGCCGAUGCCAAGAAGGCUGAAGAAGCUGGCAAGGCUGAACAGGCUGCUCGGGAGCAAGCGAUUAAGGAGGAGCAAGAUGCCCAGGAGAUUGAAACACAACGUCUUGAGGAGGAGUCGAGGCAGCGUGAAGCUGAAUUUCAGCAAGAGAAAGAAGCUCAAGAAGCUCGACUGCGUGCCCUCGAAGAACAGGUUCGACAGGGCAAGGUUAAGAAGCAGGAGGAGAAGCGUCGUAAAGAAGAGGCCGCUCGGCAGGCCAAGGAGAACGAGGCCAGACUCGCAGCCCAGCGCGCUGAGCUUGAGAAGGCUAGGGAGCGUGAACGUGAGUUGCAACGUCAACUCGAGGAAAACGAUGACAGCUCCUCGGAUGAUGAGGGCCCUGAGAGUGUCACUCCGCAGUUCAGCACUCCACCGCCUAUUCCGACUGUCUCUGUUCCUGAACCUGAGCCUUUGUCACUAGAGGCAGAGAAGGUCCCUAGCCUGGCAGCUAGCUCACCCGAAGCAGCAUUCACUGCUGCCUCGCCUGAUGCUGAGUCAAAGAACCCUUACUUCAAGUCACUCGGCCAGGCUGCUGAGCCCGAGUCUACUCAAGUUGCUUCGCCUGCUGCCCAGUCAACCAACCCCUUCCACCGUUUCACGCAGCAACAGCAGCAAGAGAGCAUCAAGCCGACUUUUACAGGUGCGGCUCCCCUGGAACGCAAGAGCCGCGCACGUCCCGAAGCUGAUGAUGACUGGUCUAAUGCUGGUUCUGAGGCCGAAUCCUCUGACGAUGAGGAUGACCGACCUGGUGGCAGUGCCAAACAACUUGCUAGCAUUUUGUUCGGUACCAUGGCGCCCCCUCGCCCUCUGAGUGCUAUGGAUGAGGAUAAGACUGCUACUCCUGUCCAAGCCAGCCCCAUCGCACCCCCACCCCCGCCUGCAGCUAUUCCUCCCGUGGCAUCUCUUGAUCCAUCUGCGCCGCCAACUGGUGCACCGCCGCCGCCGCCACCACCACCCCCUCCCCCCGGUGUCCCUAUGGCUGCACCUCCUCCUCCCCCUCCCCCUGUCUCAGGGGCUCCCGGUGUCCCGCCUCCGCCUCCCCCUGCUGGUAUUCCUCCCCCACCUGCUCCUCCCGCUGGCGGUGACAACCGUGCUGCUCUUCUUGCUUCCAUUCAAGCUGGCGCGGGUCUCCGUAAGGUGCAGACCAACGACCGCAGUACGAGUUCCUCCGCUGGGCGUGUUCUUUGA